AUGCCCAUCCCGCCUCCAAGCAAACUCAUCAUAGCCAACAACGGGUCCAAGCGGCAUCUGCCCGAGCUAAGCGAGUCCAGCGUUGAAUCAGCAGCCGCAAGCACCCGAAGACCAGUCUGGCCACAAGCCAAAACGGACAUAAACUACGUUCCGACCAUUCGCAAUUUCCGAUCAGUGCUUAUAACUGAACGAGAGCGAGUCAAGCUGUCAUCCACCACGGAAUACGGAGCUAUGAAGGCAUACAAGAACUCGUAA